AUGAGUAGUGAUACAGAGUCUGAGGCUGCUAAUGGGACAUUACAAAUACAAGUAGUUCAAGAAGACGAAAGAGAAGAAGAUAAUCAGCAGCAUAAAAAAUGGUGGAAUAAGAUUUUGGACGUGAAAGAGGCUAAGAAUCAAUUACUUUUUUCAUUGCCAAUGAUUCUGACUAAUGUUUCAUACUAUGGGAUCCCUGUUAUCUCCGUUAUGUUUGCCGGUCAUCUUGGAGACCUUCAACUUGCCGCCUCUACCCUUGCUAAUUCUUGGUGUGCCGUCACCGGCCUAGCUUUCAUGGUGGGAUUAAGUGGUGCCCUUGAAUCAUUAUGUGGACAAGGCUAUGGAGCGAAAUUGUACAGAAUGCUGGGAGUAUAUCUGCAAUCUUCUUGCAUAAUCUCAUUCUUCUUCUCAAUUCUCAUCUCCAUUCUCUGGUGGUUUUCUGACAAAAUCUUGAUACUGCUACACCAAGAUCCUGAAAUCUCCAAAUCCGCCGGACUGUACUUGAAGUUUCUGAUUCCGGGUUUGUUUGCAUAUGCAAUUCUGCAAAACAUUUUGAGGUUUCUUCAGACACAAUCUGUUGUUGCACCCCUAGUUGUGUGCUCUGUUUUGCCUUUGAUCAUACAUAUUGGGAUCACAUAUGUUUUGGUCAAAUGCACGGCUCUUGCCUUUCGUGGCGCCGCAUUGGCGGCCUCGAUUUCUUUGUGGAUUUCGGUUCUCAUGUUGGGAUGUUACGUUCUUUGUGCUACUAAAUUUAAGGAUACUUGGGAUGGUUUUUCAAUGGAGUCCUUUCUUUAUGUUCCUGCAACCUUAAAGCUGGCUCUGCCUUGUGCUGCAAUGGUUUGUUUGGAAUUCUGGGCAUUUGAGAUUCUUGUGAUAUUAGCUGGGCUAAUGCCAAAUCCAGAAUUAACUACUUCAGUGGUUGCAAUGUGUGUAAAUACAGAAGCUAUUGCCUAUAACUUUGCAUUUGGCCUCAGUGCAGCUGCUAGCACCAGGGUGUCAAACGAGUUGGGAGCAGAAAAGCCUCAAAGGGCAAAGCAUGCAAUGUAUGUAACUCUGAAGCUAUGUGUUGUUCUUGGAGCCAUUGUGAUUUCAGCAUUAGGAUUUGGUCACAAUAUCUGGGCUGGCUUCUUCACUGGUACUUCAGAGAAAAUAGCCAAAUUCGCAUCAAUGACGCCUUUCCUUAUGACCUCCAUUUUCAUUGAUUUCAUCCAAGGAAUUUUAUCCGGUGUGACCAGAGGCUGCGGGUGGCAGCAAUCGGCAGUGCUGAUAAACUUGGGAACAUUUUACUUCAUUGGAAUGACAAUUGCGGGAGUCCUCGGUUUCAAAUUUAAGCUCUAUGCCAAGGGCUUAUGGAUAGGGUUAAUUUGUGGAUUGUUUUGCCAAGCUUCUGGUUUGAUGCUACUUGCUUUGUUUACAAAAUGGACCAGAUUAAAUCUCUCUAGUGGCACCAGAGUGGCAGCAGCUUCGGAUUCAUAGUUUCACGUGGAGAAAAUUAGCUUAUUUAUG